CACGUUUUGUUCUUAAAGCCACUGUGUUGUUUGUUCCUGGAUCAGGGGGAUUCGGCAUUCAGCACGUCUAUUCACAUUCUUAAUCUUCCUUUCAUACAAUGAGCAGACCUAAAGUGAAUCCCUUGGAGAUUCCAGAAAUCGUUUCGCUUCUUAAUGGCUUCCUAGAUCGAGAUGAUCUCUUACGUUGUAUUGGUCUCUCCAAGACCUUUCACAAUGCAUUUGUCAAAUUCCUUUGGAGAAGGGUCGUUGUCAAAGAUAGUCCAACUCCUUACCGCUGUCCUACUAAGGAAGCAGUGCAUAAAUACAAGGAAAACAUUGAGGAGCUUGUGUUUAAACUCCUCAUACCAGAUGAGCUCUUGCCAGUACAAGGAUCACCUUCGAUCCAUCGAAUGUCCUUAUUGCUUUCCACAUGAAUUGAGUCAGCCUUUCAAUAUAGUCAUGUCUCAUAGUUCCACAAUCACCAAGCUUUCAUUCUCUAGUUCAACUUUACGUGAGAUAUGGGAAGCAAUAUUGGAAUGCAUUCACCUUGAGGACUUGACUCUCUCUUGGGUAGAUAUUUGUGAUGAUGAGGUUGAUCCAUUCUUCCAAGUCUGCAAGAAAGUUAAGCACUUGAGAAUGACCAUGGUAGAAAUCGAUCGGCCCCCUUCCGGCUUCUUAGACGACGACACGGACACGUUCAUUUUACCAAAUGUGACCACAUUAGCUCUUCGAGAUAUCGAAAUAUCCUGCCCUCCAAUUCCUUACACAUCACCGUAUUGCAUCGGCAUUUGGAUUAGGAGGUGCCCUAAGUUAUGUUCAUUGGAAUUCAACCUAAGACUUUCAACUAUAACCAUUAAGGACGAGGAAAUGGCAGCGCUUCUCAGACAGAUGACUGAUUUAAGGCGGCUUGAUGCUCCAUAUUGUAAAUUUGGUCCACUCUGUAUUCGAGAAUUACUAUCGUACGAGCAGGAGAUUUGGAUAAAUGGAAAUAGAGUACAGAAAAGAAGGCUUCAGCGACUCUGUGACACAGUUGAGGCACUAGAUUUCAAUGGACAAAGUCAAGGGACUGAUGGCGUUGUUCAAGCGAUAUUAUCUAAUUGCCCACGUCUGAAGUACCUGUGCGGGGCUAAGAUCACAGUGACCGAAAUUAUCAAUGGUGCAGAGUGGGUUAGUACUGAUCUCACCACUUUAGUCAUCCAGCUUGAAGCCGAUGUUGAUCAAGAGACUCCAGAAGGUAUGGAGAAGCAGCGUUUUGUAUUUAGACAGCUGGGCAAGUUGAUUCGACUACGUUUUCUUUCUUUAUCAAAUGAGAGUGCUCGGACGCUGGACAUGAGGUUAAGAGCAGGCCUUGAUGAACUAGCCAACCUGAAGAAUUUGGAGUUGUUUGGGUUCGAAUUUGAUCACUGUCAGAAUAUGCAAAUUGAGGAUGCAACAUGGAUUGUAAACAAUUGGCCGGGUAUCAAGGACUUGGUAGGCCUUGUGAAUCAAGAUCCAGAUGCUUGCAGUUUAGUGACUGAUUUGUUCCGAUCACGCGGUGUUCGCGUUCAGAAAUAA